AUGUACGACACAGUGAAAACCGAAUUCAAGCCUGCAUUUUAUCAGCUCAUCCUCCACCCAAUCAAAGCCUCUCAGAUCUACAUGACACUGAGAGUUUCGCUGGCAAAGAACAAGCUCUACGCUGAGCAACGCCGUACCUCGGCAAAUCAUUACGCAAAUGAAGUGUUACGUCUCUUUGAUGCAGAUUAUGAUUUAUCUUGCGAGUACCACGAAAUGCUAGAUGGUAAAUGGAAUAAUAUAAUGAGCCAGCCACACUAUGGUUGUCGUUGGGAGUGUGACAUUACACCAUUCCGCGAUAUAGUGCCUGGUCUGUGCAUCGUUCAGACACGCCAAAAGGCUAGUGCCAUAAUGGGCUUCAUGGGGAUCGCAGUUGAAUGCCAUAAAGGUGUACGCCCGGGCUUGUUUGUGAAGAGAACGACCGAACUCACCCGUCUCGGCGUGCGCGAGUCGCUGGUGUGA